UGAGCAGAGCACAGAUAGCCCUUUGUGUAGCUUUGUGCUUAACUAUAAUACUAACAAAUGAAAAGUAUUUGCGAAAGUUUAAUUCCCCAUUUAGGGUUAUUUUAUUUAUUGUAUGCAACUCUGGUCUGACUCAGAACACGUACUGUAUGUUUUCUAUUGUUAUGGCGCAAUUUCUCAAGGACGUUCAUUGUCUUGCCAAACCGGUUGUCACGAAAAACAUAAAAAUGGUGAAAGUGACCAAUGAAAUAUUUGACAAAGAAGGGGUGACGUAUAAUGUGAAUGUGGGAUCACGUGAUCAUCAGUUUAUUUAAUCGUAACUAGUUCAGAACAACACAGUUUUGGAAAAUCAGCGUCAUGAAGAGAUACACUUUGUUCUGCUGUACAAUCAUUCUUGCUUUGGUUGGCGUUUCUGUUGGUCAAGUUGGAGGUUGGGAAGAUGCAAGUGUUGAAGAUAACGAUGUUAUGAAUGCAGCAAAAUUCGCAACAAAGGAAUUGAAUUCACAAUCUGAUGCUCUUCAUCACCACAAAUUAGUGAAGAUUCAUAAGGCUCAAACACAGGUGGUGAGCGGUACGAACUACCAAGUGCAUAUCGAAAUUGCUCCUACAACCUGCAAGAAAAGUGAGGUGUCCUUUGAAGAUGCGGAAAAGUGUUCAGUUCUUAUAGAUGGGGUAAACAGACUUUGCAGAGUGGUUGUCUGGGUUCAGCCAUGGACUUCAAGUACUAAAUUAACAGAGCAUGUGUGUGAAGACAUUCAAUAGCUUUCCGAGUAAUUGUACUCGCCAAAACCGCACUCCUUUAUCCAUUCAUGGAUUUAUUAUCUCCACGCUUUUUAGUGAAGUAGAACUCUGCUAAACUUCGUGCAUUGUGUUUUAUUAUUUUUAAACUUAAUUAUGCUAUCAAAAAUUAAAUCGAAUUUUAAACCAAAUUUUAGUUUGUAUGUUUGCAACUUCUUGGUUAUUGUACUGUUAAAAACAACGAGGAAAUAAAAAGAAAAAUUUUUCUUUGCGCAGUU